AUGACCAACACAUUCAAGACCUUUGCACUCGUUGGCGCCGGCGGCGCCAUCGGAAAGCCGGUGCUUGCGAGCCUCCUCGCCAGCAGCGCAUCUAAAGUCGUCGUGCUCAGCAGAGCCGACUCCACGGCGACUUUCGCCUCGAAUGCAAAGCUCACUAUUGAGAAAGUGAAACAGGACGAUGUCGGCGCGGUCGCUGCCGUGCUGAAGAAGCACUCAGUCGAUGUCCUCAUCUCGACCGUCGGCUGGGCGGGCUUGCAGGGACAAACGCUCCUCGUUGACGCAGCGAAGCAGGCUGGCGUGCAGCUAUUUGUCCCCUCUGAGUUUGGGAAUCCGACGGAGGGGUGGACUGAGGGACUGUUGGCAGCUAAGGACAACACGGCGAAACACGCGAAGUCAAUUGGACUUCCUACACUGCGCGUUUACAAUGGGCUAUUUAUCGAAGAUAACCCAUUUGUGAAUGCCGUUUCGGAGAAAGGAACAUUCUACGUUUUGAAGCCAGGCGACAAGCCAUUCUCGCUGACGUCGCUGAGUGACAUUGGCGACUUCGUUGCAUAUGCGCUCACCACUCUCCCGCCCUCCAAGCUCAACGACGCCACUUUCCGCAUCGAAGGCGACCGCCUCUCCCUCGCCGAGCUCGGCGCCGUAUACGGCGAGCUCAAAUCCGUGCCUGUCGAGCACGUCGACCAGGCCCCGGAGGACCUAUCCUUGGCGGGCUUUAUAAAUUACAUCGGGAAAGAGUUCAACUCCGGUGCAGGCGCUGCGACGUGGGACCAUGUCCAAGGAAAGGACUUAGGUACCAGCGCGCUAUCGAAUGGUCUUUGGGAGGGUCACGCGUGGAAGUCCGUUAGGGAUGUUUUCGCAAAAUGA